GGGGGCGCCGGUGGAGGGAGAUGGCCCGUGAGCGCCGGCGCCACUAACGGAGCCGCGCCGCCCCUCGCCGAGGCUCCCGCCCCCGCCCCACGACCCCCACACACAGGCCGGGCAUUGAUGGUAAUGUAUGCGAGGAAACAGCAGAGACUCAGUGAUGGCUGUCACGACCGGAGGGGCGACUCGCAACCCUACCAGGCCCUUAAGUAUUCAUCAAAGAGUCACCCCAGUAGUGGUGAUCACCGACAUGAAAAGAUGCGAGACGCUGCUGAUCCUUCACCACCAAAUAAAAUGUUGCGGCGAUCUGAUAGUCCCGAAAACAAAUACAGUGACACGACAGGCCACAGUAAGGCAAAAAACGUGCAUACUCAAAGAGUUAGAGAGAGGGAUGGUGGGACCAGUUACUCUCCACAGGAAAAUUCACAUAACCACAGCGCUGUUCAUAGCUCAAAUUCACAUUCUGCUAAUCCAAGCAAUAAUCCAGCUAAAACUUCAGAUGCUUCUUAUGAUUCUGCAGAUGACUGGUCUGAACAUAUUAGUUCUUCGGGCAAAAAGUACUACUACAAUUGUCGAACAGAAGUUUCACAGUGGGAAAAACCCAAAGAGUGGCUUGAGAGAGAACAAAGACAAAAAGAAGCAAGUAAAAUGGCAGUUAACAGCUUCCCAAAAGAUAGGGAUUACAGAAGAGAGGUGAUGCAAGCAACGGCGGCCAGUGGGUUUGCCAGUGGAAGAAAUUACACUCCCUCGAAGAGUACGGUACUUCUACAUCCAGUCUCUAGAGCCAAAAUGGAAGACAAGCAUUCCAGUGAUGCCAGUAGUAUGCUCCCACAGAAUAUUUUGUCUCAGACAAGCAGACACAAUGAUAGAGACUACAGACUGCCAAGAGCAGAGACUCACAGUAGUUCUACGCCAGUACAGCACCCCAUCAAACCAGUGGUUCAUCCAACUGCUACCCCAAGCACUGUUUCUUCUAGCCCAUUUACCCUACAAUCUGAUCACCAGCCAAAGAAAUCAUUUGAUGCUAAUGGAGCGUCUACUUUAUCAAAACUGCCUACGCCCACAUCUUCCAUCCCUGCACAGAAAACGGAGAGAAAAGAAUCUACAUCAGGAGAUAAAUCUGUAUCCCAUUCUUGCACAACUCCUUCCACAUCCUCCGCCUCUGGAUUGAACCCAACUUCGGCACCUCCUUCGUCUGCUUCAGCAGUUCCUGUUUCACCUGUUCCACAGUCACCAAUACCCCCUUUACUUCAGGACCCAAAUCUUCUUCGACAGCUGCUUCCUGCUCUGCAAGCCACUCUGCAGCUUAAUAAUUCUAAUGUGGAUAUCUCCAAAAUUAAUGAAGUUCUUACAGCAGCCGUGACCCAAGCUUCACUGCAGUCUAUACUCCAUAAGAUUCUCACUGCUGGACCAUCUGCUUUCAAUAUCACUUCUCUGCUUUCUCAGGCUGCCCAGCUUUCUACGCAAGCCCAGCCAUCGAACCAGUCUCCAAUGUCUUUAACAUCCGAUGCCUCAUCUCCAAGGUCAUAUGUGUCCCCAAGGAUAAGCACGCCUCAGACUAACCCAGUCCCUAUUAAACCUUUGAUAAAUACAACUUCUGUAUCACAGCCAAAGGUUAGUACUCCUGGUGUUAAGCAAGGACCAGUUUCACAGUCGGCCUCUCAGCAGCCAGUAACCGCAGACAAACAACAAGGGCAUGAACCUGCCUCUCCUCGGAGUCUUCAGCGAGCAAGUAGUCAGAGAAGUCCAUCACCUGGCCCAAAUCAUACGACUAGUAGCAGUACAUCAAACACAACAGCUGUACCACAGAAUUCAUCUGCCCGACCUACAUGUUCAUUAACGCCUACAUUAGCAGCACAUUUCAAUGAAAAUCUUAUAAAGCAUGUUCAAGGAUGGCCAGCAGAUCAUGCAGAAAAGCAGGGAAUUGCCAAAGAGCAUCCACGUCCAUCACUCAAAGAACAGCCACGCCCAUCACACAGAGGAAAAUGCCAAGCGUGCUCACGGAAUAAGGACAGCAAGCAGUCAGCAAGAUGUGACAAAUGCAAGGCCUUUAUUUGCAAGGCAUCAAGAUUACGAGAGGAAGCUCACAAUAUGGGGAGUGUUCACAUGUCAGAAAUUUGUACCGAAUUAAAAAAUUUAAGAUCCUUAGUUCGAGUAUGUGAAAUUCAAGCAACUUUGCGGGAGCAGAGGAUACUGUUUUUGAGACAACAAAUUAAAGAACUUGAAAAGCUAAAGAAUCAGAAUUCCUUCAUGGUGUGAAGAUGUGAAUAAUUGCACAUGGUGGUUUGGAGUACCGUACAGGAACUGUAAACCUGGUUGCCUGGUCUUAACAUUUUUGAGCUGCAUUUGAGUAGACUUUGGACCGUUAAGCUGGGCAAGGAAAUGACAAGGGGAAGGGGACAUGAAAGUCAAAUUCAGGGGACAGAUACAAGAUUGAUUUGUAAAACCCCUGACAUGUAGAUUUCUUGUAGAUGUAAUCUUCACGUUGUAAAUAUGUUUUGUAGAGUGAAGCCAUGGGAAGCCAUGUGUAUCAGAGCUUAGACAUCCAAAACUAAUCAAUGCUGAGGUGGCUAAGUACCUAGCCUUUUACAUGUAAACCUGUCUGCAAAAUUAGCUUUCCUUUUUUUUUUUAUUUUUUAUUUUGGGGGUUAAUUUAUCAUUCAAAAAUCUUGCAUUUCCAAAAGUUCAGUUCAAGCGCCAGGCGAUCUGUGUCUAAGGCUGCAACAAUUUGAAACAGUUUAGGCAGUGUUCAAAAAAAAAAAAACCCAUGAAACAACUGUUUCCACACUUGCACCCAAUCAAGAGCAGUGCUUUUCCAUUUCAGUUUUUUCAGAGAAAUGUUUUUCAUUUUCUGUGUUCCAUUUCCCUCUGAAAUCCUACAACUGAUUUUAUCCGUUUUUUUAAUGCUUCUAAUUUUCUCCUUAAGGCACUGUUGCUAUGGCACUUUUUCUAUAAUCUUUUCAUUCCUGUGUACAGUAGCUUAAAAUUGCAGUGAUUGAGCAUAACCCACUUGUUUGUAUAAAUUAUUGAAAUGUAUUUCCAUUUGCACCCUGUAAGAAUGGACUUAAAGUACUGCUGGGCAUGUGUGCUGAAAGUACAUUGAUGGCUCAAAUAUAAGGAAAUAGCCCAAUGAACAUGGUUGUGGGAGGGGAAAGAGGAAAAAAGCUAGUCAGAUGUGAACUGUAUCUGUUGUAAUAAACAUGUUAAAACAAACACCAAAAAAACUGGUUACUUUUUCAUUUCCUUCGGUCAGUGCAUAUUAAAAUUCGGACUACUUGGGGAUUCUUUAUCAAAACUAUUCUUGUUGAACAUUUUGUACUUAAAAUUCCUCAGUGGAGGUUUAGUUUAAAGCUUGUAGACAAGAUGGUGUAUAAACUAUUUAAUGAAUAAUGAAAUUCAACAAGAAUGAUUGACACCUCCCCAGUGGUUGACCUAUGUUGAACCCUGGUCUUGCUCUUAUGGCAUUUCAUUUCGAAGGAUGUUUGUGUUGUAGCUAACUGUUCAAGUCUGGUGCUGACUGCUGUUCUUAGCCAUCACAAAACGCUAAAUUUGUGUAAUUGGAGCAUUCCACUGUUAACCUGGAAAUGGUGGAAAAGCUCGGCUUUGUAUAUUGUUUCCUAAAGUAUAUUAAAAAUAAAAACAGAAACUAUUGCUACUACAAAAUCAACUUGGCUUUUUUUUCCUUUGCUAAAAAUCUCCCAUAGUCUUCACAUGGCAUUAGCAUGACACUGCCAGAAAUGUAUAAAUCCCAAUGGUUUUUGUAUGUGGGUAAAAAAAAAAAAAUCUUUUAUUUCAAAAUCUUGCCUUGAAAUAACUUUUCUCCUUAGAUUUCUUCUGUUGAGGCAUACACUCAUGUGCUUUCACAACUGCCAGCACCAAGGGCUUAUUUUACUAUGUUCGCCGUUGAUGUAAUGAAAUUACAUAAUGGGAUACUGACAAUACCAGAGUUGCUUAUUUUUCGUACUUUACCAAGCAUCUCUGAGAGGUUAAAAUUCAGUCUUUUGACUCAUGCAAACUAUAAAAUGUAAAGUAAAUGGAUGUCCACUAAAAUGCAGCCAAGGUCCUAGUGUAACAGGAAUAAAAGCUUGUACUGCAUCUCUGGAGGAUCCUUUGCCAUUUGAGCACAAAGUAACUUUUAUACUUGGUGCUGAUUUUUUCUCCCCCCCACCCCCACCCCCCAUAAGUUAAAGUUCAGAAUGUAAUGGAAAAAAAUGUGAAUAUCUUUAUGUAAUGUUAGUGCUUGUGAGACUGGUAACAUUUGCUAAAUUUGGAAGUAGUACAUGCAAAUGUAACAUUGAAAAGCUGUAUUUUAGACCUGUAAUAACUUACUGUUCCAGCACUGUGCCUUUCCUGGAAAGAAGUAGGCAAUGAAUUGUGAUGUAAGCAAAUGGUCUCAAAAUUGGAUGACAAUUUCACCUGUGAAAUGAAACCUCUUUUAAUCUUUGAUCUUUCCUUAUAAAAAAAAAACAGUAUUUAUGCAGAUAUCCCAAAUUCAUUCUGUUUGCAGGAAAUUAUUUAAUUUACAAGGACAUCUCGUGUCGAAUUUUGAAAUAGCCCUACAUCUUAAAUUAAAAUGAUUAACUUUUGAUUUUUUUUGUGGCAUUUCACUUUGAAUCCUCAGUUCUGUAUUUUAAUGUUUUUAUUACUAGUAAAGACAUGGGGAUCCAUCAAGCCUCCUUUUUGAAGUAGCCGGGAACUACCUGACUGCUGGUAAAAGCCGCAGUAUCUUAAAGUUGUCCUGUAGCCAGGUGGUAUGCUGCACUCUUGUAGUUGCCACCGUGUAUUUAUUCCCUUUAUUUGGGAAUGAGUGGUCUGGCCUAGCUGAAUGGUCAGGGCUUCAUCUUACUUUGGAGGGCACCGUGACUGUCACUGAUAACAUGCUAACAAAACUGGCACCAAUGAGACCUUGAAAUUAGUUUUAUAAUGGCACUUAAAGCAUGGUACAUCUAAACGCCUUUUUAAAAUGUCAUGGCAUGGGUUUAACAAAGUGAAUUUUUCUAGUGACUAUUCUUUCAUUGACAAACUCCUCCCCCAUUUUUCUGUAAGCGAUCUAGCAUUUUCUUUUCAGGCAAACAUCUAAUUUUUAGUUGAAAAGCUUUAGACUAGACGCCAAAUUAAUCCUAUAGUUUGUAAGAUUAACCCACCUAGUUGACAUGAUUCAAGCCAGGGCCUGAGAACUAUAUAAUACAGUAUAUGCCAAGCUACAAUUGCAAAGCUCUUUCCCAGCACAUUUUGCUUUUAAGAUAGGAUGGUGUCAUUUUUCUAAGUUCUGCUUGACUGUAAAUCUAAUAUUUGUUCCUCAUAGAAAAUUUAUAGCUUGUGACCACCUGUGAAAUUCAGCUGUUUCAAAAUUCUGCCUCUAAAACUUGGACUACACCUUGGGGUGGGGGGAGGAGGGUAAAGAUCUAUAAAGAAUUUGGGGUUGGCCCUUUUUUUUAUAUAAAAAUCAGUUUCUUGUUCUGCCUCUAGAUGUACCCCUAAUGUAAAGGAACUAUUUCUAGGGGUGAGAAGUACUUCACUCUGCAUACCAGAACAACGAUAAUACAGGAUUUAAAGCUACUGUUUUUAGACGUGGGGUUUGAAUAUGCUGAUUUAUUUUCAAUUACCUGUAAAUAUGGCUAUAUUCUUGUAUCUGUACUGGAGUGUACAAAAAUUACACUAAAAUAAUAAAUA